UCUGCGGCGCAGCGGAUCAUCCAGUCAGAUCAUUCUGCUCUGCGCUGCCAUCGGAGAGGAAGAGGAUGGUCACCACGCCGAGGAGAGUCUGCCACAUCUAAAUCCACGGCUAAUAUCCAACGCUGCUGCACAUCGAUCGCUCCGAAUCAGCCGGUUAAGCCGAGAGGUUCCAGAAACGUCGAAAGAACCGGCUCUGUGUUCACCAUGACCAACGAGGAGCCUCUGCCCAAGAAGGUUCGCCUCAGUGAGUCUGACAUGAAGACCCUGACCAGAGAGGAGCUCUGUACCAGAUGGAAACAGCAUGAAGCGUAUGUCCAGGUCCUGGAGGCCAAGUAUUCAGAACUGUGUUCCAACGAUGUGCCGGGGCUGAAGGAGUCGGAGGAGAAACUCAAGCAGCAACAGCAGGAGUCUGCGCGCAGGGAGAACAUCUUGGUCAUGAGACUUGCCACAAAGGAGCAGGAGAUGCAAGAGUGCACAACCCAGAUCCAGUACCUCAAGCAAGUCCAGCAGCCGAGUGCAGCCCAACUGCGGUCAUCCAUGGUGGACCCGGCCAUCAACUUGUUUUUCCUCAAAAUGAAGGCUGAACUGGAACAGACUAAAGACAAACUGGAGCAGGCCCAAAAUGAACUGAGUGCCUGGAAAUUUACACCUGAUAGCCAAACGGGGAAAAAGCUGAUGGCCAAGUGCCGAAUGCUGAUUCAGGAAAACCAGGAGCUGGGCCGGCAGCUGUCCCAGGGCCGCAUCGCACAGCUGGAGGCCGAGCUGGCCCUGCAGAAGAAGUACAGCGAGGAGCUCAAGAGCAGUCAAGAUGAGCUGAAUGACUUCAUCAUCCAGCUGGAUGAGGAGGUGGAGGGGAUGCAGAGCACCAUCCUGGUUCUGCAGCAGCAGCUGAAGGAGACCCGGCAGCAGCUGUCUCAGCCUCAGGGGGGUCCAUCCGGUGCAGGACCCAGUAGGACUUCGCCCGCCGCCCCGGGCUCGUCCGCCGAGCCGCCCGCCCAGCCCGAGCAGGCCGGCGCGCCGUCCGAACACCAGGGCAAAGACUAUGGAAGGGUCUCCAACGGGCCAAGCAACGGCAACUCGUCCCAGAGAAGCGAGACCACCACGCCCAGCCUGUACCGGGAGGUCAGCAGCACCGAGGAGGACUUCCCCAUGUCCCCCAUGGUGUCCAGCCCCGGCGAAGCCGAGACCAAACUGUCCAACCACUCGGAGGAGGCGCCGGGGGGUCAGACUGCUGCCGGGAGGGUCGGAGGACCCGCGGGUUUCGGGAACCAGCUGAGCGCCGGGUACGAGAGCGUGGACUCGCCGACGGGCAGCGAGACGUCAUUGACUCAGCACUCGAAUGACACGGACUCCACCACCGACCCCCACGAGGACAAGGCCGCCCUGGUGAGCAAGGGCACCAGGACUGCAAGGUCACGGCACGCUCAGAACGGCCUGGACUCCAGCACAGGCGACAGUGGAGUUUUGUAAUGUACUUUGACAUGUACUGUCCUCCUUUCUUUUUCUUUUUUUUUAUACAGUAUACAAACAAGGCAACAAUUGCAUAGUCUGUAACAUAGCACUGCUCUUCAAGAUGUUUGUUUUCACCCUUUUCCCCCUGCCUAUCGUGAUGCCUUUGUCACACUUGUGUUGCUAAACAGGGAAAUAACAAGAAUGGGUUAAUGUUAGAGUUAAAUUGCGUGGAUGUCUGAUUUAAAACUAGUACGUUUCAUUCUGAUGUUUCUUUGAGCACGUCUAUGCUGUUCUUGUUUGAGUGCUUGACACUGAAGAUUUGGCAUCUGGUGUUGUAACUCAUCGUCAAAAGUCAGUAAAAUUCACUAAAUUAGCU